GCUGCUGCUGCUGCUGCUGCUGCUGCUGCUGCUGCUGCUGCUACUGCUGUGUUUGUUGUUGAUCCCUCUUCACAGAACGAUAAUGUCGGACUCCAUUAAAAACGUCGCGAUAUUUGGAGCCACGGGAAUGACCGGACUGGCGACCCUUCCGCUGGCGGUGGCUGCAGGUUAUGAUGUGACGGUGUUGGUUCGAGACCCUGCCAAGCUGCCUGCAGACCACAAAGCAUCCAGAGUGGUGGUGGGAGACGUUCUGAAUAAAGAGGACGUGAAGAAGACGAUGGAGGGUCAAGAUGCUGUCAUCAUCAUCCUCGGCACCAGGAACGACCUCAGUCCGACCACCAUGAUGUCUGAAGGCACCAAGAACAUCAUCGAAGCCAUGAAGGCUCGAGGGAUCCGCAAGGUGGUCGGCUGCAUGUCAGCCUUCCUGCUGUGGGAUCGAUCCAAAGUCCCUCCUCGUCUGAUUCCUGUGACCGAGGAUCACGACCGGAUGUACUCGGUGCUGAAGUCGUCGGGACUCGACUACGUGGCCGUGAUGCCGCCUCACAUCGGAGGCGACCUUCCGCUGACAGAGAGCUACAUGACGGCAGAGAACAUGCUGAAAGGACGAGCCAUCUCCAAACACGACCUCGGACAUUUCUUCGUCAAGUGUCUGUCCACCUCCGAGUGGGACAGCAAGACUGUGGGACUGUGGGGAGACUACAAAUGAUUUACAUUUCUUCUUGUGCCAUACUUUAAUUCUAAGAGAAAAUGUUAAGAGAUAAAUAAAGGAAAGAUUUUUAUGUAGAUUCAGAUUAUAUACAGUGUUCUUUUUAUAAACCAUUUGAGCUUCCUUGUUUUCCUUUAAUUGUUAUAAUUGAGCAGCUUUUGCUCGGUGGAUUUUUAUACUAAUUUUGAUUUUAUUAUCAGCUGCACAUAAGAGACAUCUGAUACAACACAUUUUUCUAGCUCUUAAAAAUUAAACUUUUGUACAAAAAGCAGAAAAUUGUACAAAAGACUGUGCUGGAAGAAUAAAGUUUAAUGUGAAUGAACAUAAA